GAGCAAGAUUAAGUAGGUGAGGAACUCCAUUUACGUCCCUCGUGUUGUUGUGCUUUGCUGAUUUACUGCUUUGGAGCUAUCGAACGUCUGAAUCUGAAAGACGAAGAAUCCUUUGAGUAGACAUGGCUUCAGAUCGCAAGGUUUUAACUUUCGAAGAUGUUUCUCAGCACAACAAAACUAAGGAUUGUUGGCUUAUCAUUUCCGGCAAGGUGUAUGAUGUGACCCCAUUCAUGGAUGAUCAUCCUGGAGGCGAUGAAGUCUUGUUGUCCUCAACAGGGAAAGAUGCUACAAAUGAUUUCGAAGACGUUGGUCACAGCGACACUGCAAGGGAAAUGAUGGAGAAAUAUUACAUUGGUGAGAUCGAUUCGUCUAGUGUUCCUGCAACAAGGACAUAUGUUGCGCCACAGCAACCAGCAUACAACCAAGACAAGACACCAGAAUUCAUUAUCAAGAUUCUUCAGUUCCUUGUUCCGAUCUUGAUCUUGGGACUGGCUCUUGUCGUCCGUCACUAUACCAAGAAAGACUAGAAGCCGAAUUAUCUCUUCGGAUCUCUGUAUUUCUCUAUUGCGAAAAGUUACUGUGUUGUUUGGUCUUAGACUGCGUCUGUGUUCCUUACUGAUUCUUGUUGAAAUUUACAAACCAAUAAUCAAUGUGUUGCUAGUUUUGCUGUUUUUAAGUUUAUGAUGACAUGUUUUCGA